AUGGCGGGUAGUAACCGUAAGGGGGCAUGUAGGGGUAUGGUGGGUAGGCUGAUGGGUGGGAUUGGAGGGGAGCGGUGGGCGGAUAACCUGGGGAAGUACCUGGCCAAUAGGAAACGCCCAAUGCAGCAGCGGGAGUGCUUCGCAGCAGUAACUGCAGCAGCGGCGGGAGCAGCUGGAGCAGUGGGCGCAGCGGGAGCAGUGAGAGCAGUGGGCGCAGCGGGAGCAGUGAGAGCAGUGGGCGCAGCGGGAGCAGUGAGAGCAGUGGGCGCAGCGGGAGCAGUGAGAGCAGUGGGCGCAGCGGGAGCAGUGAGAGCAGUGGGCGCAGCGGGAGCAGUGAGAGCAGUGGGCGCAGCGGGAGCAGUGAGAGCAGUGGGCGCAGCGGGAGCAGUGGCAGCAGACCAGCUGACCUGUCCACUGUGCCUGAUUGCGCAUGCUUUUGAGUCAACUCAAAAAGAGGACCCGCUGACCUGUCGACUGUGGGGGAAUGAGUGUGGCAUAGAGAUAGGUCCUGUGUGGGUGAGUGAUGGGACCGAGGAGGGGGAGAAGGGUGGUGGUGAUGAGAAGGGGGAGGAGGAGACGGGUCGUGAUGAUGAGGAGGGGGAGGGGGAGAAGGGUGGUGAUAAGAAGGGAGGGGAGGAGGAGGAGGAGGAGAAGGAUGCUGCUGUUGCUGCUGUUGGUGUUGGUUGUGACGACGCUGCUGAUAAGCAGAGGGACCAGUAUGGGUAUCAGAAGGAGCAGCAGCGUCAGCAGAGGCUGUAG